GCUUUACUUUUGUGUUUACUCUCGUCGCCCGCGAACGCGCGGCAGCCUCCACUGUUCGUUCGUUCGUUCGUCCCCAUAGGCCAGCGAAGCCGAGCCAAAUCUGUCUCCGUGUGUCUCCCUCUCGAUUGUUUUAACGUAAUCUCCGUGUCGCAGAACACCCCAGCAACAAUCCAAUGGCAUCCCAAUCCAACAGCAGUACCGAUGGCUUCCUGAGCCAGCCGAAGGGUUUCUCGACCAAGGCUAUCCACGUGGGCCAAGAUGCGGAUCAGUGGAACAGCAGGGCGGUCGUACCACCGAUCAGCAUGAGCACCACCUUCAAACAGUCUGGUCCGGCACAACAUGCUGGCUUCGAGUAUGGCCGUAGCGGAAAUCCGACUCGGGAUGUGCUGGAGCGCUGCCUCGCUUCGCUCGACAAUGGAAAGUUCGGACUCACGUUCGCUUCCGGUCUGGGCGCAACGACAACCGUCAUCACGAUGCUGAAGAGCGGCGACCACGUGGUGGCCGGUGAUGAUCUGUACGGUGGCACGAAUCGGUUGCUGCGCAAUGUUGCGAUUAAGAUGGGCAUCGAGAUCGAUUUCAUCGAUCUCACCAAUCUGAAGCAGGUCGAGCAAGCGAUCAAACCCAACACCAAGCUGUUCUGGAUGGAAACUCCGACCAACCCGUUGCUGAAGGUCGUGGACAUUAGGGCCGUGUCCGAGAUUGCACACAAACGUCCGGGGAUUGUCGUCGUGGUGGACAACACGUUCCUGUCGUCCUAUCUGCAGCGUCCCCUGGAUCUUGGGGCAGACGUGGUGAUGUACUCGCUGACUAAGUACAUGAACGGUCACUCCGAUGUCAUCAUGGGUGCCAUGGUGACGAGCGACGAGCAGAUCUACGAGCGUCUGAAGUUUUUGCAAAAUGCGACCGGAAUUGUGCCAUCGCCGUUCGAUUGCUAUCUGGUGAAUCGCAGUCUGAAAACGCUGGCUCUGCGUAUGGAGCGCCACAAGAGCAAUUCGCUCGCGAUCGCCAAGUUCCUCGAGGGCCAUCCGAAGGUUGAGCGUGUUCUCCAUCCCGGGCUACCGUCGCAUCCGCAGCACGAGCUUGCCAAGCGGCAAACGUACGGCCAUAGUGGCAUCAUGUCGUUCUACAUUCGCGGUGGGCUGGAGGAGGCCACCGUCUUCCUGAAGGCGCUGCACGUGUUCACGCUGGCCGAGAGUUUGGGCGGGUACGAGAGCCUGGCCGAACUGCCGUCGGUCAUGACGCACGCUUCGGUACCGCUCGAGCAGCGUGUCGUCCUCGGUAUUACCGAUGGUUUGGUCCGGCUGUCCGUUGGUCUGGAGGACUCGGACGAUCUGAUUGCCGAUCUGAAGCAGGCGCUGGAAAAGGUGUAACCAGCAGCUCAGGCGCACGCCGAUCGAGAAGCGAUCAGUUUUAACAUCACGACUAAAAUCAGGAAUCUAUUAAAACAUGCACCACAGAGCUUUUUUUGAAACCA